AUGAGGAGACCAGCGGGGGAGACUCCCCGCCUAUGCAACACCCCAGAGAGGGGCUGCCAUCGCCGAAGGGCACCUAGGGGCGAGUUCUGGUCAAAAGCAGCCGAAAGAGGCAGCAAGAAGUACGAGCUGCGGGCGUGGGUUGGCGGCAAGCAAGGCUCCCUCGGCUAUUUUGCCACCGCCGAGCAGGCGGCGCUCUUCUACGCCCGCAGGGAGGCGGGCAGGGACACUAGCGAUCUCACCGCGCCGCCGCCGCCACCCGUGCCUUCCUCUCCCGCUGGCGCCGAGGCGAUACGGCAGGCGGAGAGGGAGGCCCUGACCCUGGUCACCAGCAGCAACAACAGCACCGGCUACAAAGGCGUGAGCUUCUGCCCGAAGCGGGAAGGCAGCAAGAAGUACCUGCUGUCGGUGAAGGUUGGCGGCAAGCAAGUCAGCCUCGGCUCCUUCGCCACCGCUGAGCAGGCGGCGCUCUUCUACGCCCGCAGGGAGGCGGGCAGGGACACCAGCGAUCUCACCGCGCCGCCGCCGCCGCCGCCGCCGCCGCCGCCGCCGCCGCCGCCCACCACCACCGCCGCUGGCGCAGAGGCGGUCCGGCAGGCGGGGAGGGAGGGCCUGACUCUAGUCACCAGCGGCAGCAGCAACAGCGGCUACAAAGGCGUGCUCUUCUACCCGAAGCAGCGACAUACCAAGCAGUACAAGCUGCAGGUAACGACUGGAGGCAAGAAAGUCACCCUCGGCUACUUUGCCACCGCCGAGGAGGCGGCGCUGGCGCGCGCGCGGCACCUGUGGGACACGACCGUCCGCCUGCUCGAGCCGCAGCCGCAGCAAGCACCGCCGCAAGGCGCAGCAGGGCCGUCCGAGGCCACUACGAGGAGGAGGCCGCACGCCGCCAUCGACGCUGUCGCCGUCGGAGCCGAUCUCGCGGCUGUGCAGCGGCAGCUGGUGGACGUCGUCGGCCGCGACGUGGUCAACGCUGCGGUGCUGCACCUCGUUGGUGGCGCGCCGCAGCAGGGCUCUGCACCCGCGUCCGCCGCGCCAGCGGCAGUGGCAGGUGCCGCAGCAGGCGGUGCCGCCGGUGCUCCAGCGGUGCCAGAGGGCUCUGCGAGGCUGCCAGCGGGCAUGUCGCAGGCGGACGUGGCGGCACUGAAGCGGGCGCUCUCGCACGCCGCCUCCUGCACCGCCGUCUCGGGCUGCCCCGACCCGGACUGCGCUCAGAUGAAGGGGAAGCUCACCAAGCUCCGCGCCCACGCCGAGGCGUGCCGCACCGUGGGGUGUGUGCUCUGUCAGAUCUGCCACUCCUCCGGCGCCAUGCCGCCGCGGCACGAAGUCUGCCCGCCGUGCAGAGACCCCGCCUCAGCGACGGCCGGCGCCGAGUCUGCGCUCGCCAGCGGCGGUGGAGGCACCGCCGGCGAUGGCGGCUCCACGAGUGCGGCAGCCGGCACGGGCGAGGCGAGCCGGCAGCGCGAGCAGCGGAGGGUGCUGCUGGCGCAUGUCUUCAGCUGCAUGCACCCGCAGUGCUCGUACCCGCAGUGCGCUCCCAUGCGGCGCAAGCUCCACGCGCUG